AUGCCGCUUGCGGCCAAGUCCGGUUUGGCCCCUGCUGUAUUUGCUGCCGCUCCUCCUCCUUUCCCUCCUCCGGCCAAUCCCCAUCUGUGCCCGUCUUCCUUUCCCUCCUUCUUGGGCCGCGCUGCGCGCGGCAGGGCAGUUCCUGCCUGCGGCGCGCAAGCGAGCCUGCCAUGCAGGUGCCAGCCCACUCCCCUCCCUCCGCAGAGCACUGGCGCGGCUCGAACCUGGCGAAGCGCAGCGGCGACCAAGCGCUUCGUGGCCCUGGCUCUGCAGCGGCUGGCGCAUCCUGCUUUGUUCACUGCUGUUGGCCUGGAGCAAGCCAUCGGCAUGUCUGCGCGCAAAGACACAAGAUCUGUGACAAGCCACAGGGGGCGGCGGACCCAUGUGCACCAGGAGCAAGCCAGCACGCUCGGGAUAAGCUUCUUGGCAGCAGCACGGGCAGCGCAAGGUGCACCGGAGCAGGCCAGCAUGUCUGAGGCGAGCUUCUGUUAG